GGAAGAAGAAUCGGGUGGUCCAAUUUUGCAGCGAAAGAAUGGGCAAAUCCAGCGAGCAGGGAAUGGCACUACUACCACAACUAUGCCCGGGCUCCUUCCAGACGGAACGGCGCCAUUUGAUGAAUCUGCGGCAAGAGAAAGUGCACAGGUGGGAGAGCUGCAGCACGGUCGAGGUAGGCAAGAACACGAGCAACUACACUUCAGUCACACUAGUUCUUCGUCUGAGGACGAGCAGCGACUGAGGACUGACUUUCAACAAGGAACAUCAUCAUCAUCAUCGAAUAGGAUACGACGCGGGGACGAAAAUGAGGAUUUUUUGUCCGGCGGGCUACUGCACUCGGAAUCACACGCUUCCGACGCAGAGGACGUGGGACGACGUCGUCGAGUGGGGUCUUCGUCACGAUUGUCGACCUCGGAGCAGCUCCAGCCGCGAAGAAGACGGGGCUCUUCGUCGAAUGAGGAACUUCUGCGCAGCCAACACCAUCGUACAAGCGGCGGUGGGACCAAUGUUAAUUUGCGGGCAGAAGUCGGAGUGCUUCCUCCUGAGGAACAUUUUUAUCCCGCGGGGGCAUCAAGCAGCGAGGAGCAGCAGCAAGCGCUGGAUCAUGAUCGUGGCACAAGAUUGAACAGAGCUCGAACGGCCUCAUCGACCAUGGGACAAGACGAACAGGAGCAGCAAUGCUCAUCAGACCAUGAGACGAAAGUGAAUGGAACGGUGGGAGGGUCGGCGUCGGGGUCUGCAACUAUGCUAAACAUACAUCGCGACAUGAAAGGUGGUAGUCAGCAAAAUGCAGCGCGCAUAAGGAGAAGCAAAGAGACCACUGGUUUGAGCAAGCCCGCAUCCAGCACUUCGUCUUUGCUGCAGCAACAGGAGCAGCACCACCAGAAAGGAGGUCACACGACAACUUCGGUCAACGGAGUUCUUUCUGCUUCCGGUUCGAGCAACUCCACUUCGUCCCGGAAUCUACAACAACCUGCGACUUCAAGCCAGGCGAUCACCGAUCUGGUGCAAUCCGCACUGUACGGCCGAUUUGCGUACAAGAUUCCCUCCUACACCCGCACUUAUGUGGAGGACCAGAGCGAGGAUUGGUUGAAUGAUUUCGGCACGACAAAAUUUGUGUCAUCAGCAGGUGGUGGUCUUGAUAACAUGUCGAAAAUGAGUACAAAUUUUCAACAGCAACUCCCGAGACGGCUGAUCCGGCUGCUCACCCGCGCGGUCUCGCUUGUGUUGGAAACCAUGCCACUCUCUUCCUCCUGGACGAAAAUUUACUUCGCGGAGCGCCUGCCUUUCUUCUCCCUCCAGCUCCAGCUCCCGACCUCCGUGAUCUACCACCACUUUCUACCCUUGCUCCAUUCCAGCUCCGCGGCGCUGCUGCAUGCCUUGUUGGUCGUCACCAAAUCGUGGUGGAGCCUGACGGACAGCACCAGCGUCGCGAUCCUCGACCGGCUAUUUUCGUUGGUGCAAGACACGAUCCUGGACCCUUUUUUCCGCGGGUUGUGCAUCCAGUGGCUCAUCUCCUUGUGUGACUCCAGCCCCAUGUGCCCAAGGAUCCUGGAGCGGUACUACGAAAUCGCGCCCAGGUGGCAGGAUCCGCUGGAGCUGAAGGUAAGUAGUGGUGUUUUUUGUUGUACUGAUGCAAUAAAUUUACGGUAAGAGAAGUAAGUAGCUUGAUGUUGCGACAAAAGCACCGACAAAUCAUGUAGUGCGGUACACAAAAAAAAUAGCAGGAAAUUAUAACAUCAUCAUGACCUCCCGAAUCUAAUUGAAGUCCUGUGGCAACGAAAUGUUUCUGAAUUCAUCUCACACUGAGUUUCACUAUCUGAAACACGCAGGAGCUGAAGCUUCAGUUUAUCCUGCACGCACUGGAAAAGCGGGGCGCCGUGCCGAAGAACCUGCUGGUCGUACUUGACGCGCUGUCUGAGUUCAAAUCGGAAUGGAUGCACCUCGAAUGGUCCGACCCCUUCUGCGCGCGCGCCGUCGGGGCGCACCAGGUCGUGUUUCGGUUUCUACUCCGCGUUUUGAUCCGCUUUCCGGAGAAACUCAGUUACCUCCAAAUCCCGGAGUACUUCUGUGACUUGCUCCGCAG